AUGAAGGGGCUUUGCAAGCUAGGGAAGGUGGAAGAGGCUGCUGCAUUGCUGACCGGAGAUGAAAGGGCUAUCCACUGGAGGCAAAUUGGAAGAUGCAAAAGCUUUUUUGGCCGAACUGGAAACCAGUGCUUGAAUAUCUAUUGUGUCAUGGUUAAUGUUUACUGCUCAACAAAAGGGUCAGAGAAGGCCUUUGCUCUUUUUAUUUAUCUGGCUGAAAAAGGGCACUUGCUGAAGAAACGUUCUUGUUUGAAGUGGCUUUCCAGUUUGGAACAUGAUAUCGAGAAGUGUAUUCAGCUGGUUAAUUAUCUGAAUAUUGUGUGCAGCAGAGUCAUAAGCAUGCUUUUGCAUGCUGGAGAGAUGGGAAAGGCCCUGAAAUUAUUCAAAGAAGUGAAGACAAACGGGAUUAACCCAGAUGUGGUGACAUACACAAUGAUGAUGCAUCUUUAUUGCAGGAGGCCAAAGGGGUUGAACCAGAUGUCAUCACUUAUAAAGUUUUGCUGA